CUUCCCUCGCUUUCUUUUUUACUAUUAUUUUUUUUUUCCAUUAAUAUUUUCUUCGCUUCCUCUCUCGCUUCUCUCUCUUUCUCUCUCCUCUGAUCUCCGCCCUAAACCCUCGCUAAAACCUCUCUCGAUUGUCGGAAAGGGUUUGUCAUCUGUGAUCCAGAAAUAGGAGAGGAACUCGCUUCUGAUUCCUUCAAAUCGGGAGGGUGAAGUAAAAGGGGAUCUGUCCUUUACCUUUUUCGUCGUUGAUGAAACAGCGGACUGUCUCCGGCCGCCAGAUCCGUCGCUCCUCGCGAUGAAUCCGACAGCCGUCGUUCGCGGGAACCGCGGCGCCGCGGCCUUGGACGCCCCGUUGAAGUUCUCCGAGCACGUCGCCAGCUCCAGGAAGACGGCACCCGCUGCGGCGAGCAGCCGGCGGAGGAGGGUCGUGCGCAUCCACUGCACCGACGUUGACGCUACUGACUCCUCUUCUAGCGACGACGAAGAGGAUGCCGGGCCCACCUGUCGCCGCGUUAAGCGGCACGUCCAGGAGAUUGGGAUCGAGGCCGCCCCGCGUCGGGCGCCGCCCGAGCGGCCACCCGCUGCGGCGACAGAUCCGUGCGGCUGGAAAAGGUUCCGAGGCGUCCGGCGGCGGCCGUGGGGCCGGUGGGCUGCGGAGAUCCGGGACCCGACCCUGCGGAAGAGGGUCUGGCUCGGGACCUUCGACACCGCGGAGGAGGCGGCCGCCGUGUACGACGCCGCCGCCAUGAAGCUCAAGGGCGCCAAGGCCGUAACCAACUUCCCCGUGAUGAAGACGGUCACCGUCGACAGCAGCGAAUCGUCUUGCGCUAGAGACGACGUCUCCGACAACCCCUUCCCCUCCCCGACCUCCGUCCUCCGUAACAACGCGGACCAGACGCCCUUCGACUUCCUCGGCUACGGCGAGGUCGACGCCUUCGGGCUACGCGUCGACCCGCCGCUCUACAUAACCGAUUUCUAUCUGCCGCAUCGGCCAUCCGUUGAGGCGGCGGGCGACGGGUUCUCCGAGUUCGACGCCGACGAUUUCAUGCUCGAAGUGGUCACCUUAGAGUCGUUUUCUUCUCCAGCCAAGACGAGUGCUGUGUUGUAGCGAGCGAGUACUUCAGCUAGUGUGUUCCGAAUUUUUCACCUUUUUUUUAUUAUUGUUUAUAUUUCUAAGGUUUCAAAAGGAGAGA